GCCAGAUGGGGCUGGCUUAUAUGCGGAAGUUUCAGUUCCGCUCAGUCCAGUUGACUUCGAAACUGAGAACUGAACGGACUAAAGUCACGCUUCUCUCUCUCUGAACAGCAGACCCGGCUUCACAAGGCAAGGUGAAUCAUGAGCAGCAGCUACACUGUCUCCCUGGCUGGCCCUGCCCCCUGGGGCUUCAGACUCCAAGGAGGGAAGGACUUCUGUCUGCCCCUCACCAUCUCACGGCUCACUGAUGGAGGCAAGGCAGCCAAGGCCAAGAUGAGCGUUGGAGACAUCAUUCUGUCCAUUAAUGGCAUUUCCACAGACAGCAUGAAUCACCUAGAGGCCCAGAACAAGAUUAAGGCCUGCACAGGCGAUCUCAGCCUCACUCUGCAGAGACCCUCCAGUACCCCUAACAAUGGAGUGCCAAAGGACGAACCUCAAGAAAUCAUUAAGCCUGUUCCAAUCACCCACCCCGCCCCGAGCACCACAUACACCAAGCCGUCGAGUCAGCCCGGUCCUGCGUACAACAAGACAGCCCGGCCUUUUGGGGGGGGCAGCGGCCUGGUCACAGCUUCUUCCUCCCCGGACGCCCCCAAAGUAGCCACCAUUCCCUCUGCGUCGUCCGCUUUCACGCCAGCUGCCCCCUCUCAACCACCCCAGCCACCGUUUCCACUGAAGUCGAGCCCCGCUGCCCCAGACUCGGCUCCGGCCAACUCACUUCCCAGGCCCAGCCCUGGCCGCACCGCCUUCACCUCCCCGUAUGCCUCUUCCUCCUCAUCUAACUCCUCCUCUCCAGCCAGAGUGACAACCCCCUCCUCCCAUCCUAAUGUCCCACAGCCCUCUGUCUAUAACACACCUAUCAACCUCUACUCCAACACCAAUGCCUGUGAGGUGGCUAUGGGACAGAGGCGAGGUCUUCUGGAGAGCCAGGGGCUGUCAGAGCACUUCAACGGGAAACCUGAGGUGGAGCCCGAGAAUCACGCGUCCCCGCUGAGCGACGCCAGCAAGAAGCGUCUGAUUGAGGAUACAGAGGACUGGCACCCCCGGGGCGGCACCUCCCAGUCCCGCUCCUUCCGUAUCCUGGCCCAGCUCACCGGCACGGAAAAUGACCAAGCUCCAGAGAACAGUGGGAAGAAUGAGGCAGUUGACAAAACCACUCCCACUGUGCACACCUCGCCUGCAGCAAAAACAUAUUCCAAAUCUGCAGCAGCGCCCAGGAACGGCAACGUCAUCCCCGCAUCCGGGUUCAAGAACCCGGCAGCCCAGAUCAAGCCCUCGUACCAGCCCGGAGGUCCAUCAGGUUUUCCAAAGGGUGGAGCAGCUCCUUCAUUCGGCAAAGUUGCCAACCCUGCUCCCAGAGGUCCAGACCGCCCCACCCCACAGCCACAUCCACAGGACCUCAACUCUCUGGUGCAGCGGGCUGAGCACAUCCCAGCCGGCACGCGCACCCCAAUGUGCAGCAAGUGCAACAAUGUCAUCAGGGGCCCAUUCCUCGUGGCCAUGGGCAAGUCAUGGCACCCCGAGGAAUUCAACUGUGCCCACUGCCACGCCUCCCUGGCUGUCCAUGGAUUUGUGGAGGAGAGGGGCCAGGUGUACUGCGAACAUUGCUACGAGCAGUUCUUCGCUCCCACCUGCGCCCGCUGCAACCAGAAGAUUCUGGGGGAGGUCAUGAAUGCCCUGAAACAGACCUGGCAUGUGACCUGUUUCACCUGCUCCGCCUGCCAACAGCCAAUCAGAGGCAACAUGUUUCACAUGGAGGAUGGACAGCCAUACUGUGAACAAGACUACUACAACCUGUUUGGGACCAACUGCCACGGCUGCGACUUCCCCAUCGAGGCGGGGGACAAGUUCCUGGAGGCUCUAGGGUUCACCUGGCAUGACACCUGCUUUGUGUGUGCGGUCUGCUCUACCAAUCUGGAAGGUCAGCCAUUCUUCUCCAAAAAAGACAAGGCUCUGUGCAAGAAACAUGCCCACACUGUCAACAUCUGACCUGCCCCCGUGAAUGUGGAUGAUACAGGGCAACGGUGUCAGUUUACACCAGUUUAUAUGUCAGUCAGAUGUUAAAUAUUUGCAGAAUUAAAAUGGAUCUGAUUUAUCUGUUUCUGUUAGAAUAACAUUGGGGUCAGAGGUUCCACUGUAAGCUUUAGUUUUGCUCUAAUAUUUCCAUGUCCUGUCAGUUUUAUAGACGAAUGCGUAGGAGUACAUUUCAAUACACUGUUAGCCCCCCUCCCCGCCAGUUCAGUAUCUGUGCAAGUGGAUCACCAAUACACACGUGUUUGUGCUGAGCUUUUUAUUUGUGCUGGACGUGUGUCGAGCUCUUCGUGGGGGAUAUUUGUUUCACGCAGACUGGGGUAGUUUACUGCAAUGGCCUACUGAGCCCCUCAGGGGUCACACACAGUAUUAGGAAAGAAACAUUGAUGCGGAAAGAUAUGCUAUCAGUACAGCGAGUGAAAGCUUUAGAAAUCAUGAUUAUUUAACGUUAAGGGGGAAAAUUAUUUAUUUGCAAGCAUUGCUCAGCAAAAAGCCUUAUGGUUAACUGGCCUUCAGAAUGAAAAUAGGAAAUUUUAAUGUUAUUUUUUUUAUUGUUUUAAAGUAAUGUGGUAUGUAACCAUUCCCACCAGAAAGCACAGAAAAGUCAUGUGUACAGCAGUGUGUACAUGAGACACUGUAUAGGUCAAGUUUGAUUGUUAAUGCAUAAAAACUAGGUAGAGGAUUAAGUCCCAUCUGGUGAUUAUGGAGACUCCAUAAUAGAUCGAGUAGUGAUGUUGGCUUGUUUAUGUAUAUUUUGCAGUGCAUAUAGUUCAGGGGCAAAAUAGCUUAUAAGGAUGCUUCCAUAAUUUGAAUUAUUUGUUCAGUUAACACAAAACAAUGUUAAUAUAUGUUUCAGUUUGAAUAGAAAAAAUAACCUGUAUGUACUUGUGCAGUGGAUUUUUCAUUGGACACUGUGCAUAAAUAAGCACCUCUCUGCUUACUUCUAUUUCAAAUAAAAAGGGUUCAACAUUGAAUAGUCAAAGCUCUUGAGCGUGUCACACAGUCUUUUAACGCUAUAUCCUGUUCUUUUAAGCUCACACUGGACCGAAACAUUAAAUUCCUCCUCC